CUACGGAGAAACAAAGAAAACGCGUACAACAGUAAAAAUUUAUACUUUACGCUUGCGGCAUAAUACAUCUCAGUCACCAGUUCAAAGAAACACUUCUCCUACAACAAAUAAAAAAAGAAAUCCCUUUGCAUUCCUCAAUGCACUGUCAGGAACAUACCAAUGUCCGACAACAUUCCUCACUAUGGUAGUCUUUUCCUGUCCGAUGAGCUGCACAGCGGUGGUGACGACGGUGGCGAUUCAGACAACACAGUCGAACAAUCGCUCAAUGCUGCAGUUUCCGGCUACAUGGAUUCCGACGCGGGUGUCAGUAAUGAAGAAGACGACGACGAAAACGAAGAUGACGAUGACGAGGUAGAUGAAGAAGACGACGACACAGAAGACGACGAACGACGCAUGAGCGAUUGUGCGCGUGAAACAGGCGCGAUACGCGUCUAUGAAGAAACACACCCAGAUCAUUACCAAAAGGCUACGGGUGGACGCGAGAUUGCCGACCACGAAGCGAUCUGGUCCGUGUCUACAUUUCGACCUGACUGGGGAGUUGAAAAGAUGCGCGACAAUAACCCAUUGACAUAUUGGCAAUCGGAUUGUCCGAAUCCAAAAGCACCACAUACAGUCGAUUUACUUUUUCAUCAGGCUACUUUUAUAAAGCAAGUGUCGAUCUUUAUAGAUUACACGCAAGAUGACAGCUACACGCCGAAGAGCAUAUCCAUUCGUGGUGGCACCACCUACAGAGAUUUGCACGAGGUGAUGGCUCUAGAGUGUCCUGAAACUGUAGGGUGGCAAAACGCGGAUUUAUGCGCUGCCACUGGUGAGCCCGUACGAGUCUUUCGUCUACAGAUCGCCGUACUGAACACUCACUUGAAUGGGCGUGAUACACACAUUCGCCAGAUCAAAGUUUAUUCUGUCCUCCCUUCCUAUCUUCAACAACAGCAACAACAAAGGUUACCUGAAAAGAGCAUUGAAGGAUUAGCAACUGGCUUUUUCAAUAAAGGUCUUCGGUAACCCGCAAAGCUAUGAUGAAAAGCUCUCCCGUUUUCUUUUGUAACCAAGGCAGCAAGGAGUAGUAGGAAAGGAAAAGGAGAAUCUCACUCUAAUGAUGACUCAAUAUGUUAAAAAAAAUUCUGUGCAGAAAGAAAAAAAAGAUAAACUCAGAUCUACAAAUUCAA